UGUAUUAUCUUUGUUAUUGGACGUUACUAGUAUUCUGGACAUUGGAACGACCGUGGAAACUGAUUGAUACAGUCUGUCAAUUUUUCCAAAUACAGAUAUUUUUUUUAUCUGUUAUGUCAGAUUGAUAUACAAGAACUUUCGCAGGCGGUGUGACUAGUUAUUUUUGUUUAUGAACUGAAUUAUUUAACAAUGUGGUUAUAGUGCGAAAUAUCGAUUAGUUUAUUGAUUAGAAUAUCUAAAAUAGGAAGUUCAUAAACACAUAAGAUGUUUUCAAUUGUGUCGGACAAACUGUUGGACAAUUCCCGAUGUUCCAAAUGUGAUCGUUAUCUUUCUGUAAUGCCCGUAUACAUUUUACCCAAUUACAAAAUAGUAUGUGGUCGUUGCGUUGAUGUGGACUUCGGUGUGCCAUCCAACUAUAAUAAAAUUGCUGAAAGAAUGCUGUUUAAGUGCGUGAAUCGUUACGAAGGCUGCCCCAAGUUACUGCGGACUAGUGAAGUUGUAGAACAUGAGAUGGAAUGUAAAACGAAUAAAUACAAAUGUCCUGUGUGUGCAGAUAAAUGGAUUCCAAGUUACAGCAUGAUACCACAUUUUAAAGAACAGCAUAAUAAGUCUGUGAUAAAUAAACCUGAAUUCAAAGUCAGUCGAUUGGAUACAUUCAAAGUUUUAAUGUAUUAUACUGAUAAACAUAUAUUUUUUAUAGACGCCUCAGCUAGUGUUGAUAAUAAAAUAUCAUUGAGCACCAGUUGUUUGGGGCCAUCUGAAAUUGUAUCUAAAUUAAAAUACAAAUUUCGAUUACUAAAUGAUGAACAUAUUGAAACUCCUUUUCAGAAUUUCUAUGAUGAUAAGUUAGAAACGAAUUUAACAGAUGGACAACGUGCUGUCAAUUGCGAAUUAAUUGUAAAUUAUGACCAUGAGAACUCCUUGUCACUGGUUCAAAUAGAACCCCUUGUACCUCAGAAAUCUCAUUUGAAUGCAGGAACUCAUUCACUGAAUAUUCUUUCAUUAAAUAGUGGCUUGUCUAAAUUAAACCCACUUCAUUUAAAUAAUAUUCCACAAGAGUUAUUAAGAAAAAAGAAGAAAAUUUCCAACGAAGAAGUAGGCAAUAAAGAGAAUCACCUUCAAAGAACAAUUUUUGCUGAUGAAACAUUUUUUACUGGUAACAAGGACUGGAAGUUAUCCCCAUGUAAAACUUUAUUGUUACACAAAAAGAAUACAGUAACAACAUUGAGUUCAAUUUGUUCUAGUUGUAAGUUUUUAAUAUUUGAGACUGUCAUGUAUACUUGUAAUUGUCUUGAGAAACAUUUGUUAUGUAGUAGGUGUCAAUUGAUGAAGAUUGUCUGUCCUGGCCACAAUCCUUAUUUAACUUUUGAGAAAAUUUAUAAAAAUGUUCACACACAAUUAAAAUUUUUUUGUAAAUGGAAUUGCGGAGAAUAUUUUGUUUCCAGUGAAUUGUUUAUACAUGAACUGAGCUGUAGUUUUCGUGACCCAUUAAUUUGCCCAAUUUGUCCGGAGAAAAACAUUUCGAGUAUUGAAUGUUUAAAGGCGCAUGUUUCGACUCAUAAAAACAAGUCAUAUGUGUUUAUAUUGACAAGUAAUAUAUUUAACUUGGCUAAUACAUUAAGUGAUAGUUCAGUAGAGGAAAAGUUUUUUGUAUAUUCGACUUUAAACGGUCAUAAAUUAUACUUUUACCUGGACGACUUAAAAGAAUGUGUAAUUAUUGAACUUAAAUUUAAUGAUUUAAAUUGUACUUGUACUUUAAAAAAGAGUCCUCAAGCAAAAUCUAGAUUUAAUGUAAUUAUUAAAUUAAACAAUAAGAGAGUGGGAAAUGUUUUUGAACUAAAACGAAAUAUGAAUGCGAAUAUAUUAAUUGUAAAAGAGUGAUAGUUUUGAUGUUACAAAUAAUUAUAAUUAAGAAAUAUACU